AUGCAGUUGCUGGUAUGACAGCUGGUUUAGUUGUCAUACCACAAGGAAUGGCUUAUGCUCUUCUGGUUGGUUUGACUCCAGAAUAUGGAUUGUAUUCAUCGUUUGUUGGUGUAUCCAUAUAUUUCUUAUUCUCUACAUCAAAGGACAUAACAAUUGGCCCAACUGCUGUAAUGUCUUUAUUAAUGGGUCAAAACUUAGCAUCUAUACAAGCUUCUCAUACAGAUCCUGCCAAUCCAGCAGCUCCUCUUGUAACACUUGCUGUUGCAUUCGCUUUCAUGAGUGGCAUAAUUGCUCUGAUAAUUGGUCUAUUAAGAUUUGGAAAAAUUCUUGUUGAUUAUAUUUCUGCUCCUGUUAUCGCAGGAUUUACAACUGGAUCUGCGUUAACCAUUUCUAUUGGCCAGGUAUACAAAAUACUCAAUAUAUCUGGAGUUGACUCUAAAGAACCUGCUUAUAUAGUAGUUGGAAAAACUUUUAAAAAUUUGCCAAGUACUAAAAUAGAUGCAGCUUUAGGAAUAACAGGAUUAGUGUGUUUGUAUUCAAUAAAAUACGGAACAAGAUAUUUUGCAAAACGUUACCCAUCAAAAGAAAGAGCCUUUUUCUUCAUUGGAAUCUUGAGAAAUAUUUUUGUGGUCAUUUUAGGUGCAUUUGUUGCAUAUUUGGCUGGACUUGGACAAAGCAAAAAUCCUUUUAAAAUUUUAAAAGAUGUACCUAGUGGAUUUACUCACGUUGGAGUUCCAGUAUUGGACUCCAACGUUCUUAGACAAAUUGCUCCAUAUUUGCCUGGCGUUACAAUUAUUUUAAUUUUGGAACAUAUCGCAAUUGCUAAAAGUUUUGGCAGAAUUAAUAAUUAUAGAAUCACUCCAAGUCAAGAGUUAAUUGCUAUAGGCAUAACCAAUUUUGUAGGUUCAUUCUUUGGUGCGUAUCCUGCAACGGGGUCUUUCUCCAGAUCUGCCAUCAAAUCAAAAUCAGGUGUAAGAACUCCUUUGGCUGAUAUAUUUUCUGCUAUAUUGGUAAUGUUGGCCUUGUAUGUUUUGACACCUGCUUUUUAUUAUAUUCCUGAUGCUGUUUUGUCUGCGGUUAUUUUUCAUGCUGUACUCGACUUAAUUUCUAUACGUUUAGCAAGACCAAAAUAUGAAUCAUUAGGAAGAAUCAAAUUAGAUGAUAUAAAUGAAGAUUCAACUUCUGGAGAAAAAUAUGCCUAUGCGCCUUUAGAGUCAAAAUCAUUCAAAUCAAUAAUAGAACCACCACCUGAUGGAGUAUUGAUAUUUAGAAUCGACGAAGCAUUAAUAUAUCCAAACGCAUCAUAUAUAGACGAUCAAAUACUUGAUUACGCCAAAAGCAAAACGAGAAGAAUAUAUAAACCACCAUCCAAAACAGGUGAUCGACCAUGGAAUGAUUCUAGUUAUAGGGAUGACAACCAAGAACAAAUAGAAAAUUCAAAUAAACCACUAUUGAAAGCUGUAGUUUUUGAUUUUGUUGCUAUAAGUUCCUUGGAUUCAACCGGAUUACAAAGUAUCAUAGAUAUUAGGAAAGAAUUAGAUAGGUAUUCUGGGCAUAAAGUCGAGUAUCAUUUUGCUAAUGUUCUAAGUAAAAGUAUAAAGAAAAGUUUGAUUUAUGGUGGAUUUGGACAAAUGGAGGAGGAUGAAAAAGAAAGUAAUGCACAUAUUCCAACAAAAGAAAAUAAAGAUUUAGAGAAAAAUAUUAUUGAUUCACCACAAUCUAAUGAAGCAAUCACUAGAAUUAACAAUGAGGAGGAUAAUUCUGAUCAUAAUACUAUUUCAAUAGUUGAUAAUAAAAAACAAAAAAACUUUUUCCAUUUCACUUUACCAGAAGCUGUUUCUGCAGCAACUGAUGGUGCUUG